GCUCAAUUGAUUACAAUGUAUCAGCGACUAGGAUUUGAAUCACUUUUGAAAAAAUGGACCAAUUGGAAUGAUACUGAACUGAUAACUGAUAUUUAUGACAGAGAAAUUUGGAAAACAUUCCCAUCACAAAUUGACAUACCUGAUUCUUCGUGA